ACCUACAGUCCGUUUAUCAGCAAAGAAACUCGAUCUGCAGACACUAAACGAUAUUGAUUCGUUAGCUGGAAAUCAUUCGAAUUGAUUAUCACACUGAACUUUGUGUCAACUCAAUGUCUGAAGAAAGUGUGAGAGCUAAAACUUCGCAACUACAUUGAGAAGCACUUUACACGAUUGUCAGAAAUCCAUCAGAACUCGAUCGAUUGUCAACAGUCGUUUGGUCAAUUUUGUGCCAUUGUGUCUGAGCACUAACCCUUGCCAGUCUUUGAUCUGUUAAUCUGUGUAUCAACUUACAAUGGCUGACGACUCGAUUGCAACAAAUUCGAGCGACGACGAUGCUGCCGCAUUUUGUCUGUCUGGUGCUUCGACUCGCUUUGAGUCUCGUGCGGCAUCGAUCUUUUCUGCUCUAGAAACACCAGACGAGAAGAAGGCGAGAGACAAACAAGGUGUCAAUGGUUCGGACAGUUGUCUCAUGCCUCCUCCGUGUUACAGCAGAAACGAUCGAAGGCGAAAGUUCUCGCCGCAGAAAAGAGAAAGAGGACACACAAGAUACAGACAUUCAAUCGCUGACCAUGUUGUGCACCCUGAACGAUGGAAGAAGUACAGCCUGGAGGAUACUGACUUGACGAGUGACAGUCAAAACAAACAGGCUGCUCUCGCUUUUAUCACAGAACUGAAAAAGCGUAAAGCGUGUCCAGAUGACGAUGCGUCCGAGGUGGCCGACUUUCGUCCGAAAUUCAAGAAACCGAAGAGAAAGGAAGAUGCUGUUAAAGACGUUGGGACAAGAAAAGAGAGCAGUGUGGUGACAGUGAGUGGAAAACGAAUACAAAAUGAGUAUGUUGUGGGGCAAAAAAGAGCCAAGGACGUAAGACGGGUUGAAGGGAGGGUGGAGAGUGAAAAGGUGGGGAAGGGGAGGACGCUUCUAUUGAGCCAUUUGGAAGAAGAUGAAGAGGAGAACAGUGGGGGAGAUUAGAUAUAUGCACAUUGAGGUGUGAUUGAUGGCAAAUGAAGUGGUUGUAAAUAGAAAUAGACAAAUAUGGAUGGGGCAUG